AUGGAAGGGAAAGCAUUGAUUCUUACAUUGGUGUUUGCUGUUGUUAAUAGUCAUGCGUAUUAUGGAAAAGACCGUCCUGACAGUAUAUUUGGCACUCUACCACACAUGCUGCACAACAUGAUCAAAGGGCACCGCGGAAAUAAUUACAAUCAGCAACCAGAUACAAAUAAUUUCAAUCCCGAUCCCUAUGGGAGCCGACUGAAUUCAGGAUAUCAGCAAAAUGAUAUGGGGUACCAAAAUUUGGGACAGAGUGGCUAUAAUAUUCCAAAAAAUCAAGCUCUUUCAAAUCCAGAACUUAAUGACCCCUCAGAAGGACUUAGAGCAGGUAAUCCGUCAAAUUAUAACACUGAAAUUACUACUCCUCUAACAACCACGGAACAACCACGAGAAAUGCUUCAUUUAAGCACCAAUCCACCACUUGCUUUGAAUUCCUCUGCACCUAUAGAUUUCAACACGGACACGGCACAUUCUUCAAAUAUUAAAAGGGAUAUUAACGGUUUGACCAAUAAUAAACUAGAAAGGGACACCAGUAAACCACGGCCUAACAAUAAAAAUCACAACACAAUGCACAUUGAAACUGACAAAAGUGUAAAUAUAGAACCAACGCUUAAUAAAGAAAAGGAAUAUGUAAAUAAACCGCGAAAUCCUAAUGCAAUAGUUUUUCCAGAUAGCAUGGAAGAGGUAAAGCGAGAGGUACAAGGGAAACAUAAUAGCAAUGCAUCCGAAUUACCAAACAGAUUCAACGAUACGCCUCAAAUCUUAUAUGCAGUGAAUAUAGCUCCAUCUGAUACCAAUCAGUGGAAUCGUAAUCCUUCAGCUCCUUUAACUAAUCAUAUCACUCAACCUCCACCCCUCACAAAUACCCAAACUUUUGGUCAAAAUCCUAACCAAGCUUCAUACGCAACACUUAUAACUCCAAACCAAACUCCAUUAAUUAAUAAAGUAGCUGAACCGAAUCCAUUCGGGAACAGCAUAGUCUUACCGAAUGCAAAUGGUGGUUCCUCUUUAUAUACAAUCGUAAACCUUCCCAACUCCAUCGCUAAUGCAAAUAUUCCAAGCCAAAUGUUCCAAUCCACUGAUGUAAUUUCAAACCCCUCUAGUUAUCAAGUACAAAACUCGAUUCCAACAGCUAAUAGUGGAAUAAUAAACGGAAUGCCAACCUAUUAUGUUGUAUCUGUACCCAAUCAAUCCUCACAAACUAUUCAAACAAGUGUACCGUACACAAACGCACCGGUCAGGUAUACCGUCGGUUAUAUUUCUAGUAAUGGUCAAACCGUGUUAGUGCCAAGUUCUCCAGUUGUAUAUCAAAUAAUUCCUCAGAAUUUUGUGCCCAUCAGUCAAAGUGAUGUGCAAAGUACUUACGUGCCUGUAUCCAGUGGUCAACAAAAUGUGAUCGCCCAACCGUUGGCAAAUCCAGGAAAUGCCGCAGUUACCUAUGUGCCUGUGUCUAAUUCGGUAAGUUCUGGGCAAGAGACGUAUAUGACAGUUCCCAAUUCUCAAGGAAAUGUACCUAACUCCCAGAUCAACUAUGUCCCAGUGACAAAUGGACAAGGAAAUAUGGCAAGUCAACCGAAUUACGUAACCGUAUCUAAUGGGCAGGGAAAUACAGGGACACAAAUAAAUUUAGUGCCGGGUGCUCAAGAAAAUACACCGAAUACUCAAAUCAACUAUGUGCCAGUGUCAAGUGGUCAAGAGAAUUCAGCAAGUCAACCUAACUACGUAACUGUAACAAGUGGACAGGGGAAUACAGGGAGUCAGAUUAAUUUAGUUCCUGUUUCAAAUAGUCAGGGGAAUACACAAAACUAUGUGCCAGUGUCAAAUGAUCAAAGUAACGUUGUUACGCUAACUUCAGCGCCUUCGGAGACCAUGGUUUUGCCGGCAGACACUCAGUCUGUGACUUUAUUGAGUUUUAAAGACAAAGGUGAAGAACAAACAAAGAAAAAGCCCUCUAAGAAGAAGUCCAAAAAGAAGUAG